CGUUCUACCGCCAUGGCUAAAACGGAAAGCAUGAGAAGAAAACUAAAGCCAGUGAUAGAAAAGAAAAGAAGAGACCGAAUCAAUCAAAACCUUGCUGUGCUCAGAACGCUGCUUUUCAACAGCACAGCAGAUACACGUUUACAAAACCCCAAACUAGAGAAAGCAGAAAUUUUGGACCUGACUGUUCAAUAUAUUCGAAAGAACACACGUGACAAAACAGUCUCUCCCACUCAAACAAACUCAUCAAAACCUGCUUCUGCUGCUCACACUCAUCAAUGUGUUCCAGACUUUACUUCCUUCAUGGGUGAACACAAGAGAAGUCUUCCCUUCAGCCCAAACAACAUGGAGACCUUGGAGCUGACAUGGUACGAAGUGCUGGAAGUAUCAAGACCGAGUGGAAACAAGGCGCUUAUAGACAUCUAG